UGCGUGUCUAGCAAAAUGAUGGAGCAGCGGCAGCGGGGCCUACUGGGGCUGACGUUCAUGGUGCUGGCAAUCGCAGUGGCAUUGCCCCAGCUGGCAAUAGGUAAAAAGAUUGAGAAGCGUUGUCUCAACUGCUCGUAUCGUACGUAUUACACCUACGGCGAUGGUCGCUCCCUGCAGCGGGUUGUCUAUAGAGAUCCGGUCUACACACGUGCCGCACAGUCAUACGGAUGCAGCGGUAAUCCGUGCGGCGUGAAUGCCGUGUGCCAGGAGGCUGCCGGCGGCCGUCCGGUCUGCUCCUGUCCGCCCGGCUACAGCGGUAAUCCGCUCACGCACUGCAAUCGCGGCGAGUGCCUGGACAACGUCGAUUGUCGCGGCGACCUGCAGUGCAAGGACAAUCGCUGCGUUAAUCCCUGUGUGGGUGCCUGCGGCAUUGGCUCCAAUUGUGAUGCCCGCAACCAUGUGGCCGUUUGCAGUUGUCCAGCGGGCUACAAUGGUGACCCUUACCAUGCCUGCCAUCUGAACGAUCCAGAGGAACAGUGCCAUCCGAGCCCCUGCGGCGUGAACACCAAGUGCGAGAUCAUCAAUGGCGUGCCCACAUGCUCCUGCCAUCAUGGUUAUCUGGGCAAUCCGCUGAGCGGCUGCCGGCACGAGUGCGAACACGACGGUGACUGCAGCAGCCGCGACAUGUGCAGCAACUUCAAGUGCGUGCCAUCGUGCGGCCAGUGCGGCUCGGGCGCCAGCUGCAAGACUGUGGCCAACCAUCGGGCGGUGUGCGAGUGCCCCAAGGGCUAUAUCGGCAGUGCGUACACUGAGUGUCGGCCGGAAUGCUAUGGCGAUGUGGAUUGUCCGGCCGGUCGGCCCGCCUGUUUCUACGGCAUCUGCAAGAACACCUGCGAGGGCGCCUGCGGCGUGGGCGCCGACUGCAAUCUGCGUGGCCUGACGCCCGUGUGCAGUUGUCCGCGUGACAUGACUGGCGAUCCGUUUGUGCGCUGUCGCCCGUUCACCAAGGAGGACCUGUGCGACCCGAACCCGUGCGGCACAAAUGCCAUCUGUGUGCCGGGACACGACAACACUGGACGCGAACGUCCCGUCUGCAAUUGCCUGCCCGGACACACGGGCAAUCCACUGACACACUGCACUCGGGGUGAGUGCCUGAGCAACAACGAGUGCCCCGACCAUAGGGCCUGCAUCAACUAUCAGUGCAUUGAUCCCUGCAUCGGAAAGUGCGCAACCGGCGCCAGCUGUGAGCCGAAGGCCCAUUUGGCCGUCUGCCGCUGUCCGCCCGGCCAGUCGGGUGAUGCACUCGUCUCCUGCCGCCAGACGCGCACCUUUCCCGUGGCCAAGUAUCAUUGAAUACCGUUACCGUUAACGUAACACAGAGCCGUGGAGCGUUCAGCCGCACUGCCUGCCAAAUACAGUCAACUCAAUCGCUAUAUGUACACCCUGUCUAUCCCAAUCUCCCUCUCUCUUUUUUUUUUUCUCCUUCUCAUACUAGUCGCUAAUACAGUGGAAAACGAACAGAAAUCUUUCGAAACAAAGUAAUACAAAUAAAUAUUAAUAAAUUAUAUGAAAAUUAAUUACCAAAAGGAUUAAUAAUUUGCCAGCAAAGAUAACAGAGUUGGAACUCAGCUGGUUCCGUUCUGUAUGAACCGUCUCUUUCAUCUCUAGAUGUGAACAAUUUUUGGCUUACAAAAUUUAAUUUGUUUUCUUUAUUGUAGUCGUUAAAUAUAUACACAUAUAUAAAUAUAUAUCAUUUUUUUCGCAUUCUGAUCAGUGGAUUCACAUAUAUAUGUAUGUAUGUAGGUAUGUCUAUGUAUAGGCUUUAACUAUGGAACUGCCACACUUUCUAAAAGUCUUUAUGCAGCCAAAAGGGAAUAACUAAAUAAUUAUAUUUGGUGUUUAAACACAAUACAUAAAUAAAUGUCUAAUUGGAUAUAAAUACACACCUGGGCUUAUGCAUGCAGUACGUUAUUUUGCCACAAAACAAUUCGAAUAUCAAUGAUCGAGAGGCGGGAAAUAUAUUUCGCAAUUAGAGCACAAUCAGAAAAAGAAUCAGCAUUAUUUCUUGGCUAAAAUCCAAUGCAAAAAUCACUGAAUGAAUGUUGGAUUUAUCGGAUUUAUCAAUGAACUUUUUCUAAUUUGUUGGCUCUAAAUCAAAUACAAUCUUGGAUGUCAUGAAGCACUUUAGUAACUCAACGAACUAUUGUCAUUAUCCAACUACCUUAUGGUGCUUCAACGUACUGCACAUACAGUCAAUGCAUACCCAUUUAAAAUAUCAACUUUGAAGGAAAUUACAAAAAUUCUUGGAGUUUACAUUUUCUUGUGUUGAUGAAGUUAUCCAAAUAAAUCAGUUGCAUUAUUAGAACACAAUUAAAUACAAAUUUUGAAAUCUGUAAAUGUACAUCAACAACGGCACCGUGUUCGCCCCCAUGGCAGGCUGUUUCUUCUCUAUUUAAUUCUGCUUUAAUAGUAGUUCGAUUUAUUCCAUUUUGUUUGUUAUUGAUUGGAAAUCGAAAUUUUGCUUGUGCCAUUUCUUUUUCAAUACCAAACAAUUGGAAUACAAUGUAAAUUAUAUGAUUUUGGGUACUGGUAUUGUUUGUUGAUUUGUCUACCCAUCAAAUUCAUUCAAAAAAUAAU